UUCCUGGUACGACCUUCUCAUAUAGAAAGGCAGGGUUACGAGUCAGAGUUCGUAAGAGAAUAGGAAACCAAUGAUUCCCAUAUGUCCAGUAGUUUCCUUCACCUAUGUGCCCAGCCGGCUAGGUGAAGAUGUCAAAAUGGCCACCGGCAACUACUUUGGAUUUACCCAUGGUGCUGCUGCGGCCCAGUACAGUCAGCAGCCGGCCGCUGGGGUAGCGUACACCCACCCCACUACAGUGGCCAGCUAUACUGUGCAUCAGGCACCUGUGGCGGCACACACGGUGGCUGCAGCCUACGCCCCUACAGCGGCCACGGUUGCUGUUGCUAGGCCUGCGCCAGUUGCCGUAGCAGCAGCAGCUACUGCUGGCGCUUAUGGAGGAUACCAGUCAGCCCAUGCUGCCACGGAUUACGGGUAUGCACAGAGACAGCCGGAGGUACCCCCACCACCACCUCCUGUUACCUCACAAAACUACCAGGACUCCUAUUCAUAUGUGCGGUCCACAGCUCCAGCUGUAGCGUAUGACAGUAAACAAUACUACCAGCAACCUGUGGCAACACCUGCUGUGGCCGCUGCAGCAGCCCAGCCACAACCCACGGUGGCCGAAUCCUACUAUCAGACAGCACCUAAAACUGGAUACAGCCAAGGCACCACUCCGUACACCCAGACCCAACAAACGCGUCAGGUUACAGCCAUAAAGCCAGCCACCCCCAGACCUGCCACCUCAACCUUCUCCAUUUACCCAGUGUCCUCUGCUGUACAGCCGGUCGCUGCUGCGGCGGCUGCCUCUGUAGUCCCGUCAUACUCUCAGAGUCCCACCUACAGCACCAAUGCAGUCACAUACUCUGGUAAGAACAACAUUUGCAGAUUUUCUCAGUUGAAUUCUCAAAACGCUGAUGUGAUAUUGUGA